AUGACCAAAAAACAAAAUCAGAUAACUACCAUCCAGGAAACCUUACCGCCAAAAACCAUCCAGAAAACCCUACCUCCAAAUAACAUCCAGGAAGCCUUUCCUCAAAAUACCUUCCAGGAAACCCUUUUUCCGAAUAAAAACAAGGAAACCCUACCUCCAAAUACCAUCGAGGAAACCCUACCUCCAAAUGCCAUCCAGGAAACCAUAUCUCCAAUGCAAUCCAAUAAACCUUACCGCAAAAUGCCAUCCAGGAAACCCUACCUCCAAAUACCAUCCAAGAAACCCUACCGAGAAAUACCAACCAGGAAACCCUAUCUCCAAAUACCAUCCAGGAAACCCUACCAAGAAAUACCAUCCAGGAAACCCUACCUUGAAAUAACAUCCAGGAAACCCUACCAAGAAAUACCAACCAGGAAACCCUACCAAGAAAUACUAUCCAGGAAACCCUACUGCCGAAUACCAUCCAAGGAACCCUACCUUGAAAUAACAUCCAGGAAACCCUACCUCCAAAUACCAUCCAGGAAACCCUACUGCCGAAUACCAUCCAAGGAACCCUACCUUGAAAUAACAUCCAGGAAACCCUACCUCCAAAUACCAUCCAGGAAACCCUACUGCCGAAUACCAUCCAAGGAACCCUACCUUGAAAUAACAUCCAGGAAACCCUACCUCCAAAUACCAUCCAGGAAACCCUAUCUCCAAAUACCAUCCAGGAAACCUUACCUAGAAAUACCAUCCAGGAAACCCUACCAAGAAAUACCAACCAUGAAAACCAACCUCCAAAUACCAUCCAGGAAACCCUACUGCCGAAUACCAUCCAAGGAACCCUACCUUGAAAUACCAUCAAGGAAACCAUACUGCCGAAUACCAUCCAAGGAACCCUACCUUGAAAUAACAUCCAGGAAACCCUACCUAGAAAUACCAUCCAGGAAACCCUACUGCUGA